UUAAAUAUAUUUAAAAAAUUACUAGCAAAGGGUGAUAAGGGAUCGUUAGUGAUCCCAAAAAUGCAAUCAGUAAAAUUUUUGUCUGUCUGUCUGUCUGUCUGUAUGUUCAGGCAUCACGUAAAAACUAACGGUUCGAUUUCGAUGAAACUUGGUAUAAUUAUACCUUAUUAUCCUGGGCAUAAAAUAGGAUACUUUUUAUCCUGGAAAAAUACGUAGAAAAAAAAAAUCUUAAUUUUUCAGUUUGAUUCAUUGACGUUAUUCUGUAGAACCGCGAACACACAGUGGAUUCAGCGCCGUAGCCUGUAGCGCCGAAAGUCGGAUUUGGCUUGAACCGUUUGCGACACAAGCGGGCUGCACGACGUCCCGCCUCCCCGACUCCUAUAUAAGGACGGCGUUCCGCGCCGCGCGAUGCAUAUAAAUUCUGAAUUUUGAUGCGUGCGGACGUGUUUAGUGUGGAAUUAAUAUUGUACGCGUGUAAUUUUAAACCGUGCUUUUUGAUUACUGGAUUUGAUGUCAAUUCUAAGACUGUUCCGAUCAGUUAUUUGUAAAUAUAGUACGUACGUAGUUUAAGUCUUCAUCGUGAAUUGGUUUAUUUAGGUUGGUAUUUUAUUUUCUUUUUGUUUAUCUUUGGAAACAUAGGUAUAGUAAUUAGGUUAUAAGGUAAAGUAGGUUAGUUAUUUAACUCAUAUUUCUCUCUCUCAUCUCAUUUCAUUGUAUUUCUGUUUAUUUUUAAUACAGUUUUAUUGUAACACGAUGCCUGCCAGAAAGCGAUCUUCUCUUACUAAAACAUCGAAACAUGCUAAGCGAAUGAGACUAGCUAGAUCACAAGAAUCAACCGAAGAGCGAGAAUCCCGGUUAAACCGCAUGCGAGACAUAGCGGCUGAAGCAAGAGCACGUGAAAGCAGUGCCGAUCGCGAAUUGAGAUUAAGUGCUGAUCGUCAACGUCACUCACUAUCUCGCUCCUCUGAAACAUUUACUGAAAGGGAUAUACGCCUCACUACCGACCGUGAACGUCACGUAUUGUCUCGGGAGUCUGAGACGUACCCGCAAUAUCAAGAUCGUUUAACGGCUGACCGUGAACGUCACGCGCUGUCACGGGAGUCUGAGACUUACACCCAGUAUCAAGAUCGUUUGACGGCUGACCGCGAACGUCACGCGCUGUCACGGGAGUCUGAGACUUACACCCAGUAUCAAGGUCGUUUGACGGCUGACCGUGAACGUCACGCUUUGAGUCGAUCUCUUGAAAGUGACGAAAACCGUUUGCGUCGUUUAGAGGCAGCUCGCGAAAACUACGAUUUAAGAGUUCAAAAUAAUAUAGAUAAUUUAUCAAACGAAAGACAAAGAAUAAAUGAUAUUCGGUCAUUAGAAACAAAUGAGCAAUGUGAAGUUCGACUCAGUGGAGAUAGAUUUCGUCAUAAUAUUGAUAGAGUUUUAUGUUCAUCAGAUCAUGACGAAGCAGAAUCUUUAGAUUUGUUGCCAUGGAUAAAUAGAAGCAAAAGUGGAUUUGCUUAUUACGUUAGAAUGAAUUAUGAAUCUUUUGCAGAGAUAGGUGAGAUGAAUAUAGUUUGUUCUCAUUGUAAUUCCUUGAAAUGGAGACAUGAGUCCGCUGGAUUUUGUUGUUCUGGUGGAAAAGUGAAUUUACCGCUAUUUGAAGAUCCACCGGAGCCUUUGAAAUCAUUGCUCUUAGGAGAACAUACCCAUUCCAAACAUUUUUUGGAUAAUAUUCGGGCUUUUAAUAAUGCAUUUCAAAUGACUUCUUUUGGCGCUCAACAAAUAUCCGAAGGCCCAUUCAUGCCUACAUUCAAAAUUCAAGGCCAAGUCUACCAUCUAAUUGGAUCACUGUUGCCAGAAAAUCAACCGAAAUUCUUACAAAUUUACUUUAUAUCUGAUUAUAACGAACAGUUAGCUGUACGAAAUACAAAUUUACCACAUCUUAAUGCAGAAUUAAUUUUGGCACUUCAGCAUAUGUUACAUCAGGUCAAUACGUAUGUGCAUAGUUUUAAGUCAGCAUUGGAAUCUAUUCCUCAAGGGCAAUGUGACAAUUAUAAUGUUGUAAUCAAUGCCGAUAGACGUCCAAGUCAAGAACACCCCAGGCGCUACAAUGCACCUACGACUAAUGAAGUCGCAGUAGUAUUAGUCGACCAAGAAUGUGAUAGACGAGAUAUCGUGAUUCGUACUAGAGACAACCGUCUGCAGCGUAUUUAUGAAACUCACAGAGCAUAUGAUAGUUUGCAGUACCCCUUAAUUUACUGUCGAGGAGAGGAUGGCUAUAAUUUUGCAGUGUACCAAACUAACCCGGUUACAGGUACCUUAAAUUACAGAAAAAAAGUUUCUUCUCUUCAAUUUUAUUGCUAUCAUUUGCAGAUUAGACGUGAUCAACUAUUGUAUUUGCAACGUUUCCGAGGUUUGUUUAAUCAAUUCAUAGUUGAUAUGUAUGCUAAAAUUGAAACUGAACGACUGGUAUAUAUACGUACAAAUCAAAGACAGUUGAGAGUUGAUGAAUAUGUACAUCUACGCGACGCUAUGCAACAGGAUGACAAUCCCGAUAAUUUGGGCCGUUUGGUUAUCUUACCAUCUUCUUUUACCGGCGGCCCGCGGUACAUGCAUGAGCGAACGCAAGAUGCUUUUUGUUAUGUAAGGAAAUAUGGUCGACCAGACUUAUUCAUUACAUUUACUACUAAUCCUAAAUGGGAGGAUAUAACGAACAAUUUACUUGAAGGACAAGCUUCUUACGACCGACACGAUAUAAUUUCGAGAGUUUUUCAUUUAAAGCUGAAAUUAAUGAUUAAGUUAUUAACUAAAGAAAAAGUUUUUGGUGAUUAUUUAUCUUAUAUGUACAGUGUCGAGUGGCAAAAACGAGGGCUACCACACGCUCAUAUUUUAAUUUGGUUGAAAGACAAAAUUCGGCCUCAUGAUGUAGAUCAUGUAAUUAGUGCCGAAUUUCCUGACCCAAAUGUAGAUCCUGUAUUAUAUGAAAUCGUUAAAACUCAUAUGGUUCAUGGACCCUGUGGCGCACUACAUUCUCACUCUCCUUGCAUGCAAAACGGUCGCUGUACUAAACGAUAUCCAAAAUCGUUAGUGGACCAAACUAUAACAGGUCAUGACGGAUAUCCUUUAUAUCGGCGCCGUUCGCCAAGUAGUGGUGGAUUUACAGCUGAAAAAAGAGUUCUUGGCCAACAAAUCACUUUAGAUAACAGGUGGGUCGUGCCAUAUUCUCCAGUAUUAUCUAGAGCUUUCGGAGCACAUAUAAAUAUUGAAAUGUGCAAUAGUAUUGAAUCUAUUAAGUAUAUAUGUAAAUAUAUUAACAAAGGUAGUGACCAAGCAUCAUUUGCACUAAGAAAUAACGAACACGAUGAGGUAGCUAAAUAUCAAUCGGGACGGUACAUUAGUUCGUCAGAAGCAGUGUGGCGAAUCUUAAGUUUUCCCAUACACGAGCGACAUCCACCUGUAAUGCAUCUCGAUAUUCACGCAGAGGGAAGUCAAAGUAUAUAUUUCAACCCAGAAAAUGUAGCCGAGCGUUUAGUAAAUCCAAGACGCACAACUCUUAUAGCAUUUUUUGAAUUGUGUGGCACUGAUAGCUUUGCCAAAACUUUACUCUAUGAUGAGAUUCCCGCAUAUUACACAUACGAUAAACAACGUGGAGUAUUUAACCGUCGUCGACGAGGCUCCCCAGUAGAUGGCGCACCUGGAGUUUACAAGGAACAUGUAAUAGGAAGAGUUUACAGUGUACAUCCUAACAAUUUUGAAUGUUUUUAUUUGCGCCUAUUAUUACAUACAGUGCGUGGACCAACAUCAUUUACUGACUUACGAAAAGUUGACGAUAUUUUAUAUCCUUCUUACCAAGCAGCUUGCCAAGCUCGACACUUACUCGAAAAUGAUCAGCAUUGGGACGAUGCUUUAGCAGAAUCAUGCGUCAGUAAUAAUCCAAGUCGUUUGCGAAAUCUAUUUGUUGUUUUGUUGACUUUUUGUGCUUUGUCUGACGCUGCGCAGUUAUGGGAAAAAUAUAAGAAGCAACUCUCUGAGGACUUUUUCAGGAACAUCUCACGUGAUCAAGAUACUGAAAUAAAUGACAAUUGCCAUGAUUUAGCUAUAAAUCAGUGUUUGUUAGCUAUUCAAAAUGAAUUAAUAGCUGUCGGAGGUAAAACUCUAUCAGAAUAUGGUUUGCCUACUCCUACUAUAGCUAACGAACGAAUUAACAGGGAAUACGCUGCAGAACUUAAUUAUAAUGCUGCAGAACUAUUGGAAACUUUAGAAAACGGAGUACCAAGUAUGACACCGGAACAAAAACAGGUAUUUGACCGUGUCUGCCAUAGUGUAAGCAAUACUUUGGGACAAAUUUUAUUUCUCGAUGCACCUGGUGGAACUGGGAAGACGUUUCUCACUAAAUUAAUAUUAGCCCACUUAAGGAAUCAAAACAAAAUUGCACUUGCAGUUGCUUCCUCGGGUAUAGCAGCGACUUUGUUACCAGGAGGCAAAACAGCGCAUACGAUGUUCAAAAUACCAAUAGACCUUGACCGCACGGAAAAUCCAGUAUGCGGUAUUACUAGAAACUGUGACAAAGCGCAGGUUAUCCGGGAGUGUAGUUUAAUCAUCUGGGACGAGUGCACUAUGGCUCACAAAAAAGCCAUAGAGGCAGUGGACAGGACUCUGAGGGACAUCAGGCACAUAGACCAACCCAUGGGUGGUAUAACUGUUCUUUUUUGUGGCGACUUCAGACAAAUUCUACCGGUGAUACCACGAGGAACACGAGCUGAUGAAGUCAGAGCUUGCCUUAAAAGGUCGAGUCUAUGGCAACAUAUUAUAUCCAUGCAUUUAACAACAAAUAUGCGGGUGAGACUCGGAGAUGACCCACAUGCACAACAAUUUUCAAAUUUAUUAUUAAAAAUAGGCGAGGGAAGUUAUCCAAAUGAUGAAGGAAAAGUAGCUUUAAAUGAUGAGUUGUGUUGUACUGUUUCGUCCCUGCAAGAGCUAAUAUUUGCGGUUUACGGAGACUUAAGCAGCGUUACGCAUCAGCACAAUACUUGGUUAUGCAAAAGGUCCAUUCUUACUCCUCGGAAUGACCAAGCAUCUAUAAUAAAUAAUGAAAUAUUGUCACAUAUUCAAGGAGAAAGUCGAGAGUAUAUCUCUAUUAAUAGAAUGAUGGAUCAAGAAGAGUCCACUAAUUACCCCAUAGAAUUUUUAAAUUCGUUAAAUGUUUCUGGACUUCCUUCACAUAUAAUUAAGUUAAAAAUCGGCGUUCCUAUUAUUCUUCUUCGUAAUUUAAGUCCUCCGAAGCUUUGUAACGGCACUCGAUUGAAGGUGGUUAAUUUACAACCUAACGUAAUUGAAGCUGAAAUUUUAACCGGUUGUGGUGCCGGGGAAAGUGUUUUAAUCCCUCGAAUACCAUUGAUUCCCAACAAUUUUCCAUUUCAAUUUAAGAGAAUACAGUUUCCUGUAGCUUUGUGUUACGCCAUGACAAUAAAUAAGGCUCAAGGUCAGACCCUAGGAGUUGCUGGCGUAGAUCUUACCGCGAGUUGUUUUUCACACGGGCAACUUUACGUAGCUCUUUCCCGUGUAAGCAGUCCAAGAAAUCUUCAUGUUCAUAUUCCGGACGAGCUCACUAACAAUGUUGUGUAUGCUGAAGCUCUCAAUUAACUUUCUGUCGCAUUGUCACAAUCACUUUUUAAUUAUUGCAAACUUUUCGUCACUGUCAAUAAUUUACUGCUUCAUGCUACUUAUAAAGGUCGGAAUUACUAUGAAAAAAAUACUUACUACAGAACGCAAGCUCAACAGCAGUAGCUCAAUAGAGGGAUCUCCUUAAUUAAGUAUUAUAGGCCUAGCCGUAUGUGGGUCCAAUAGAUAUUUAUUUGAUGUCAUUGUCAGAGUUACUCAAAAUGGACAAAUAAACCAUCCACGCGAAGACCGACAUCCGCGCGGACGGAGUCGCGGGCACAGCUAGUU